AGGAGGCAGAGCAGCUGGAGGAAAGCCUCCAGAACCAGGACCAGGAGAUCAGAAGCAGGAGGUCAGAAGCAGGACCAGGAGGUCAGAACCAGGAGGUCAGAACCAGCCCGCUCCAGCAUGUCUGAGUCCAUCAGGAGGAAGAGCUCCAGCAGACAGCUGCUGCAGAACCUCAUCAGCGUGACGGCGGAGCGCAGCCAGGAGGACGCCGAGGAGGCGGAGCGGGAGAGGAGGAGGAGAGCCAGGGAGACGCAGAGAGGAGAGGGGGGGGGGCCCUCCUCCCGGCGGGACCCCGGCCAAGGCGACGGGCUCACGGCACGCAGCGCAGAGUUGGACGUGGAGCUGAAGCCCAGAUGCAACCAGGAGGAGGACGAGGGCUUCAGCGACUGGAGCCACAGGUUGGAGAACCGCGGUGAGCAGGAGGUGCAAGACUUCCCCAGGAGACCUUUAACCAGGCGCAAACCAGAGCCCGGAGUGGACGGCAAACGGCAGAAGGGUGAAGAGGAGGAGGAGAAAGAGGAGGAGGAGGGAUGCGAGCCAGAGAGGAGCAGUCGUUCAAAGGAAGCUUCCUCAAGACCUCCAGAGAAGAUGACCUGCGACAGAGAGGAGGUCAGGAUGUCCUACAGCUCCACGGUCUUCCUGUCCCAGGACACCCGGCCGCAGCACACCGACAGGACGUCCUACCUGCUGGCGGGGACCAUGAGGCCUCGCAGAGGCGCCUGCAGGGUGGAUGGGGAGCUGGAGCGGGAGGAGCAGAAGGAGGAGGUGCAGGCUGCUCUGCAGAGGGAGUCAACAGAAACCCAACGGAGCUCCAGAGAUGAAGAAGAUCAUGAAGAAGAGCUGAGCUUCAGGCGUGAAGAGGAGGAAUGCCAGUAUCUGCGAGGGGAGCAGGAGGAGGAGGAAGAGGAGGAGGAGGAGCACAGGAUGCCAGACACGGUUUGCUUUAAAAUAAUACUUCUAACACUACUUACUAGUACCCGAGAUGUUCAGAUGUUCAUGGUCCCACAGGAUGAAACUCCACAGUCACAUCAUGAUAUGUUGAUAGACGCCAGAUACAAGAGAAUUAGCUGGAUGGAGAGCAGCAGGGGGGAGGAGGCCCGCGGGAGUGAGGAGGCGAGGAGUGAGGAGGCCAGCAGGAGGAGCGAGGAGGCCAGCAAGAGGAGCAAGGAGGCAAAGAGUGAGAAGGGCAGCAGGAGGAGCGAGGAAGCCAGCAAGAGGAGCAAGGAGCCAAUGAGUGAGGAGGCCAGCAGUAGGAGCGAGGAGGCGAAGAGGGAGGAGGCCAGCAAGAGGAGCAAGGAGGCAAAGAGUGAGGAGGCCCGCAGGAGGAGUGAGGAGGCCAGCAGGAGUGAGGAGGCGAGGAGGCAGGAGGCCAGCAGGAGGAGUGAGGAGGCCAGCAGGAGGAGCGAGGAGGCGAGGAGUGAGGAGGCCAGCAGGAGUGAGGAGGCGAGGAGUGAGGAAGCCAGCAGGAGGAGCGAGGAGGCGAGGAGUGAGGAGGCCAGCAGGAGGAGCGAGGAGCCGAGGAGUGAGGAGGCCCGCAGGAGAUCUGCGGCCUCCCUUUGCUGCAGCAGCGAUGGCGAGGAGUCGUUAAACUACGCCCCCAUGAGCCCCACGUUCAAGAAACUCCUGAUCCAGUUCUACCCGGACGAGGUGAACAGCAGAGUCUCAACAGACGGUAAAUGCUCGAUCAUAGAGAGGACCGAGUCUCUGAGGAAAAGCACCAGUCACAUCAAGAAGACUCCGUCCCCGGUUGUCGUCUCGAAGAUUGACAAGAAAUUGGAGCUGUACGCACAAGCUCUCGAGGUCUCCACGAAGGACGGCCGGCCGGGGGCUCAGACGCCGACGGACCUGACGAGUCCCGCCGAGCGCGUCUCCUCCAAGAAGAGCCUGUUUGAGCCCGGAGACACCCGGAGACACAACGCCCCCCCGGGCUCCCCAUCGAAGGAUGCAGACGGUUUGAAAGUGGGUGUGGCUAAUCUCAUCAAUCAGUGGGUGGGAGGGAGCGAAGGCGGGAGCAGGUGCAGCUCGUCUUGCAGACCAGCGGAGAACUUCUCCGGGAAAAGGUUCAAGUUCGUGGUGACGGGUCACGGAAAGUACGAGAAGGUUCCUGUGGAGGACUGCAGAGAGGAGGCCCACUGCCCGCCAGCUGGACACUUCUACGAGGAUCUGUGAAGCACAUGCUGGACUUUGAAGGUUGAAGAUGGUGGAUUAUGAAAACGUCAAUGCUGCAGAAACCUCCGCUAUCACUUCAUCACUCUGCAUUUCAAGCUUUAUGUCGGAA